AGCCCCAGUCGCGGCCCCGCACAGGCGCGCGCACUCACAGCUCCGCUACGAUUGCUCAGGAGCGCGUCCACGCCCUAAAGGCAAGGCGCUUAUCCAAUCACUGCAGCCGCGAGGGGCAUCACGGGAACUCCAGGGCUAUAAAAGACCUGGUUGCUAUUUUAUGCUUCCCGACUCACUCAUCCUUUAAGUAAGUAGGGUGGGGCUGGGUGCGCGUGCGCAGUUUUAAUACUCCUCCCUAAACUGCCAACUCUUCGCGCAAGCGAAGUAGGCUAGCUUUGCCUGGUUUUACGCGUGCGCACUAACGGGCCUGGCCCCGGAAGACCAGACGCCUGCGCAGUGGGAACUACGGUGACAGUCUCCGGGGUGGGGUAUGGACCAGUCAUGGCGGAACCUUGGUAUGGGCAGUCCUUGCAGGCUCUGCCGGCCACUGUGCUGGGCGCGCUGGGCACCCUGGGCAGUGAGUUCCUGCGGGAGUGGGAAGCGCAGGACAUGCGUGUGACUCUCUUCAAGCUGCUGCUACUGUGGUUGGUGUUAAGUCUUCUGGGCAUCCAGCUGGCGUGGGGGUUCUACGGGAGCACGGUGACAGGGCUGUAUCACCGCCCAGAUCCCCACCCCCAGCUUGCUGCAGCUCUGGAUGUGUUCCUGCCCCCAGGUCUGGGCGGCCAGAACGGAUCCACACCUGAUGGCUCCACGCAUUUCACUUCGUGGGAAACGACAGCAAAUGAACCUCUCAAAACCCACAGAGAAUAAGGGAAGGCAGCAGAGGGAUCUUCAGGGACAUCAUCGGGUCUGCUGGUUCCCACACUGGGUUCUACUGCUGCCCAGACCCCAGAGACUGCACAGGGGAAGUGGUUGGGGGCAGGGAGUACCCCAGUGCUUACAGACCUGACUCUCCACUGCUCUUGGCCUUGCCUCCAGUAGCUCCAAGUAUUGGCCCAGUAAAGUUUGCCUCUACUCAGAGCUGGGUGCCUUAAGGAAAGAUAUGUUCCUCCUCAAUCAGGAAUCAGGUCAGGAGGAGCCUCUGGGUUGGAGAGGCUAACAGUCCAUUUUCUGCCUUGGCUUUUUCCUGUCCCCCUUCCCAUCCCUUGGGAUGUGACCCCAUAGAAAUGUCCUUGAGAAGAAACUUGAGGUUGACCAGCUCUGGGAUUUGUAAGGGAAGUCUGUUUUCUCCUAAGCUCUUGAAUUUGAUUUUGCUUUGUUGGCAGGGAGCCAGGAAACACUGGCCUGGAUAUGGCCUUUUAUUCUGUGGUUACUUAGCUGACCAACUGUAAAGCAAGGGGAGGUGGCACUAUCUGGACAUGGGGGCACCAAAUACCCACUUCCCUGGCCCAUCUAGAGCUUUUUAGGUGUGAUUCAGGCUAUGGAAACUUCUCUUUUCCUGGAUAUUAACUCAUCCACACUACUCUCAAUUCUUCUUGUUGGGAGGUUGGGUGCCUGAAAGAGGCUAAGCCCCAAAGGUGACCUUCCACCCUCACCGCUGUAAGUGCCCAUGGGGUUGUACCCUGCCGCCUCACAGAGAGAUACUAAGCCAUCAGUGCUGAGUGGCCAUGCCACUUCCCAUCUUGACCCAGAACCACAAGAGCUUCAUCCUAAGAGGCCACUGGCUCAGCUCCUCCCCACAUAAGACCCUUUUAGCCCCCAAGAACCCUCCCUCCACAGCAGGGAGAGCCACAGCCUGGGAAGAUCUGCCACUUACACAAUGGGCCAGGGGAACUUCCAAAGGUGUAAGAGGCUCAUGCCAGUUUCUGAAAACAGCAUUACCCUAGAACUGCCUCCCUUCCUGAAGGCUGUACUUCUAUACCUGUUUCUGCUUGGUGACCAGCUACCUCAGUGUCCAGCUGCCUGCUUCCUCUGUUAGAGACCACAUUUCCAUCUUGCAGCCUUUGACUAGGCCACCUUUGCAGCAGAAGCACACUGGAAGUAGGACUACACUUAACUCAUGUACAUGUUCCUAUGUUGGAGGUAUCUUCUGGCUGGUGGGAUGAUGGUUCUCAGCCUCAGGCCUACCCACUGACACCGCCCACAUGUAGAAUCAGGGUCUCACAUUUCACCCCAGGUUCAACUAAGGAUAUGGCUUAUUAAACUCAGAAGUGCA